AUGCCUCCACAUCCAGGCGGAAGGGGUGUACACGGGGAAAAGCAUAGGCGGAACUUUCGCGAAGAUGAUCACGCGCAAAUCAUUUUUUGCACGGGCAUGGACGACCGAAAACCGCCAACGCAGCACUCUGUUCCGCCGGCUGUGUUUGUGUCGCCUCGGCGCAACUCCGUCCAAUUGCCUUCACCAGAGGAGGUGCUCCUUUAUCGGGGCAUGGGUGGCAUCGGCUAUGCUCUCGCGGAGGAGCUGGCGCGGAGAGGCGCGCGGGUGUACGCGAGUGCGGUGAAGGCGGCGGAAAUGGAGGGACUGAAUGUCAGCACCGGGAUUCGAACCCUGGAGCUUGACGUUACCAUUGAAGAAUCUAUUCAGGCAGCAGUGGCCCAUGUGGUGGCAGAGGAGGGACGGAUAGACGUCCUAGUGAACAACGCGGGCAUCGGCAUGCCAUGCCCCGUAGCUGACGUGCCUCUAGACCAGCUCCGCCAGGUGCUGGACGUCAAUCUCUACGGCGCUGUCGCCAUGGCUCGAGCUGUCUUCCCCGUAAUGGCACAGCAGCAGACUCGCUCCCGCAUUUUGAACAUGGCCAGUGUCGCGGCGUAUGUCAACAGGCCGUGGAGCUGUGCCUACUCUGCCAGCAAGGCAGCGCUCGCUGCGGCCACAAGCUGCAUGCGCAUGGAGAUGCGGCCCUUUGGCAUCGACGUUGUACUCGUCACACCCGGCUACAUCAAGUCGCGCAUCUUCCGUAACGCUCUUGCCAGCGCUCCCAUCCUUCCCAGUUCAAGCCUUUUCAAGCCCUAUGAGGCAUGUUACAGAGAGCAGUUUGCUGGCAGUGCGGAUAAUCCAUGGGCAACUAACACCGCUGAUUUUGCUGCACGACUCGCUGAUGUGGCAUUGGGCAAAGGCAGUCCUCCGUGGCGGGUUCUGUAUGGCCACCAAGCACUCUUUGCUGUACUCAUGUCCUACCUUCCCACAACUAUUCUCGAUUUUUUGUUGUGGGUUGUGUUUGCACAAAAAAAGUAG